AUGGUGUCCACAACUAGUUGGAAGUUGCUUCUUGUUGCAAUGUCACUGCUAGGGCUGUGUGCUUCACAAGCCACAGCACGAACAGCCCCCGAUGCGCCCAUGGUUGAGAGGCAUGAGAAAUGGAUGGCAGAGAACGGCCGCGUAUACGCAGAUGAAGCAGAGAAGGCCAAGAGAUUCAAUAUCUUCAAGGAGAAUGUGGAGUAUGUCGAGUCCUUUAACGAAGCAGCUGCUCGCACUUACAAGCUUGCUGUCAACAGAUUUGCUGAUUUAACGAACGAUGAAUUUCGGGCAUCUAGAAAUGGCUACAAGAUGGCUUCUCGCCCUAAGUCUUCAUCGUUUAGGUAUUCAAACGUGACGGCUGCUCCAGCCAGCAUCGACUGGAGGAAGAAGGGAGCCGUUACUGCUGUUAAGGAUCAAGGCCAAUGUGGGUGUUGCUGGGCAUUCUCGGCGGUUGCAGCCACGGAGGGAAUCAAUCAGAUCACGACCGGGAAUCUCGUUUCUUUAUCCGAGCAAGAGUUAGUGGACUGCGACACGAGCCAAGAUCAGGGCUGCAACGGUGGCUUGAUGGACGACGCGUUUGAGUUCAUUAUAAGCAACAAAGGGCUCACGACCGAAGCCAACUACCCUUACAAGGGAGUGGAUGGCACGUGCAACACGAAGAAGGAGUCGUCCGAUGCAGCCAAGAUCACAGGGUACGAGGAUGUCCCGGCCAACAGCGAAUCUGCACUGCUCAAAGCCGUGGUGAAUCAGCCCGUGUCAGUUGCCAUUGAUGCCAGUGGCUCGGAUUUCCAGUUCUACUCGAGUGGAGUGUUCACUGGAGAGUGUGGAACGGAACUAGACCAUGGCGUGACCGCGGUUGGGUAUGGCGCGGCCAGUGAUGGAACCAAGUAUUGGCUCGUCAAGAAUUCGUGGGGAACGAGUUGGGGAGAGAACGGAUACAUAAGAAUGCAGAGGGAUGUUGGUGCUGCUGAGGGUCUCUGUGGCAUUGCCAUGGAAGCUUCUUAUCCAACUGCUUAA